AGAGACUGAGAGCGAGAGGAGAGGAGGGACAAACUGAAUGUCAGAAAGAGAUAAAUCACUUGUAUGAUAAAGAGUUUUGGUCAGAAUCUGCCAGAGCUGCAGCUUCUCCUUUCCUCCUCUCACUGUCUGAUGGAAGUUGAUGACGGAGCAGAGCUCUGCUUUCCACAACUCCUCAACACCUCCUGCAGGAAGCCGACACUUCCUUGGUCCGAAGUUGUAUUUCUGCACACUCUUAUGUCCUCCAUCUCUCUGCUCACUGUGGCUCUCAACCUGCUUGUCAUCAUCUCAGUCUCCCACUUCAGGCAGCUCCACACACCCACCAACAUCCUCCUCCUCUCUCUGGCUGUCUCAGACUUUCUCGUGGGCCUCCUGCUGAUACCGGGAGAAAUCCUCCGAAAAACAUCCUGCUGGUUUCUUGGUGACCUUGUGUGUUCUCUGUAUAAUUAUGUGUCCUUCAUCAUUCCCUCUGUCUCAGUAGGAGACAUGGUGCUCAUCUCAGCCGACCGAUAUGUGGCUAUUUGUGCCCCUCUGCAUUACCCCACAAGAAUCACUGUGACAAGAGUCAAAGUCUGUGUUUGUCUGUGUUGGCUCUGUUCUGUUCUCUACAGUAGUCUCUUUUUAAAAGACAACCUGACUCAACCAGACAGGUAUAUUUCCUGCUACGGAGAGUGUGUGAUUGUUAUUGACUAUGUUGCAGGAGCUGUUGACCUUGUUGUAACCUUUAUUGCUCCCAUUACUGUCAUCAUAGUUCUGUAUAUGAGAGUAUUUGCUGUGGCUGUGUCUCAGGCUCGUGCCAUGCGCUCUCACAUUACAGCUGUCGCACUCCAGCGUUCAGUGACUCCGAAGGCAAAGAAAUCUGAGCUGAAAGCAGCCAGGACUCUUGGUGUUCUUGUGUUUGUGUUUCUAAUAUGUUUCUGCCCAUAUUACUGUGUCUCUUUUGCAGUUGACAAUGCGCUCAAUUCUUCAUCUAUAGCUUAUGUGAUCUAUCUGUUCUAUUUUAACUCCUGUCUAAACCCUGUGAUCUAUGUCUUGUUCUACCCCUGGUUUAAAAAAGCUAUUACUCAAAUUGUUACAUUUAAGAUUCUGCAGCCUGGUUCCAGUGAGGCCAACAUACUGUAGAGAGGCUGUGGAGUGACUGAAAUACGAUCUGCUUGCUAAAUUUAAAGAUGUGGUUCAUUGAGUGAAUUCAUGAAUCCAAAUAGUGAAAAUAUGAACAUAAAGAGAUGGAUGAAAUGCAUUUUGUGUGUAAUUCUGCUCAAUGUCAGCUCCACAUUUUUAAGUAACAGUGAUCAUAAUUAUUAGUGUUGCUAGUAAAAUGUGGCUGUAUUAUGACACUUGCUGGCUGUCGCAGAUAUCAAACCUGUGUCUUUUCAGUUCCUGGACUGUCUGUAGCUCUCAUGGGAAGUCCUGUCUCACACAUUCAGCUUGUGAUUAGACACAAGGGUGUUGUUUUGUACUGGUGUGUAUAUUCUUUAUUCUGUUGCUGUUGUCAUUUUAUCAUAAGCACCAUGUACUGUAUCUUGGCAUCAUCCAGUUUCAUCCAUUAAGAUGUGAAUUAACAAACAUGAUGCACAUAUUAAUUCAUAAUUAAGUCUUUUCUCUCAGGAAACCUUUUACUUUGUAAUAGUAAGAAGUGCAACACAACAGCACUUCUACUGUUAUUUAUAUUGUGGCUGUUGUAUCCAGACUCUCACAUGCUUUAUAGGUAUCAAAUUCCACAAGGUUGACUGUGUGGUUAUUAAACUGAAAUUAAUUGAAUUCAAUAAGCAUUAUGAAACAAAACAAAAGGAAAUGGAUUGUAUUAAAAUUCUCAUAAGAAUAAACACAAUAUAGAACAUAGAAA